AUGCAGAGGAUCCUCUCAUCUUCUCGUACUCUCGCCCUCCCUUUCUCUUCUUCUGCUUCCCUUUCCUCUUCCAGAGCCUUCUGCCGCAACUCCUUCCACUUCUUUCCCUCCUCCUGCGCAGCCCUAUCUCGCUCUCUUACUCCUUCUCCGCUUCACUCCAUCAUGCCUCAGAGAAGAGGUGCACAGAAGGGGCAGACAUGGAAACCAAAGACUCAGGGUGAUAAGUCCUCAUCAUCAGCUGUUGAUGAAGCGGUCACCAGUGGAAUCGCCGGUCUUAAUAUAGCUGAAACCAAUGGCCAGUCUCAUGCUCAAUCUUCACGACUGCAGUCUAGGAAUGCGCAAGUCGUUAACCAGGGUGUUGUGCCAGGGCAAAAGGCUGUGUGGAAACCCAAGGCUUAUGGAACUGUCAGUGGAGUUGAUGGUGCGUCUGCCCAAAAGACAGUGGCUGAUGGCCACAGAGUUGCUGUAGCUGAGAAGGCAUCGUCUCCCAGAACUAGUGCUGCUUUAAGCCAAUUGUUUAAGGCCAACGUGUUGGAAAAUUUUACUGUGGACAACUCGGCUUACUCCCGCAGUCAAAUCAGAGCCACUUUUUAUCCGAAAUUUGAGAAUGAGAAAUCUGAUCAAGAGAUUAGGACAAGGAUGAUAGAGAUGGUUUCCAAAGGAUUGGCUAACAUGGAGGUUACUCUCAAACAUUCUGGCUCACUUUUCAUGUACGCUGGCAAUAAGGGGGGUGCAUAUGCCAAAAAUAGCUUUGGGAAUAUAUACACUGCCGUUGGUGUCUUUGUUCUUGGACGAACAUUUCAGGAAGCUUGGGGAACUGCAGCUGCUAAAAAGCAAGUCGAGUUCAAUGAUUUUCUUGAGAGACAUAAUAUGUGCAUAUCAAUGGAGCUCGUAACUGCUGUUUUAGGAGAUCACGGGCAGCGGCCCAAUGAAGACUACGUGGUGGUGACUGCGGUUACAGAACUGGGCAAUCGGAAGCCAAAGUUCUACUCAACGCCUGAAGUCAUUGCUUUCUGUAGAAAAUGGCGCCUCCCAACAAAUCAUAUCUGGUUGUUUUCAACAAGGAAAUCUGCGACGUCUUUUUUCGCCGCCUUCGAUGCACUUUGUGAAGAAGGAACAGCAACUACUGUAUGCAGGGCCCUUGAUGAAGUUGCUGAUAUAUCUGUGCCAGGUUCACAAGACCACAUAAAGGCACAAGGUGAAAUCUUGGAGGGUCUAGUGGCUCGUAUCGUACCUUAUGAGAGCUCAAAGCAUAUAGAGGAGGUCUUGAAAGAAAAUCCUCUUCCAGCAGCAGAUGGAGCUGGCAUUGAUUUGGGACCAAGCCUGCGGGAAAUUUGCGCUGCAAAUAGAUCGGAUGAGCAACAGCAAAUAAAAGCACUCCUUGAAAAUGUUGGCCGUUCUUUUUGCCCCGACUCGGUAGACUGGUUUGGAAUUGAUUCUAGGGAGACACAUUCGAGAAACGCGGACCGAUCAGUGGUUACAAAGUUUCUGCAAGCUCACCCUGCUGACUAUGCCACCACUAAAGUUCAGGAAGUUAUUCGUCUGCUGAGAGAAAGACGCUUACCAGCUGCGUUUAAAUGUUAUCACAAUUUCCACAAAGUUGAGGCCAUAACGAAAGACAACCUUUUCUACAGAAUGGUUGUCCAUGUUCAUAGUGAUUCAGCAUUUCGCCGAUAUCAAAAGGAGAUGAGGAACAAGCCUGGGUUAUGGCCAUUGUAUCGAGGGUUUUUCAUCGACAUUAAUUUGUUCAAGGCGAGCACAGAGGGAGCUGCUGAAAUUUUGAAUAGCCAGAAUAACACAGUGGGAAAUGCUAACGAAAAUGGAGCUGGAUUAUCAACAGACAGUCUUGCUGAUGAUGAUGCAAAUUUGAUGAUCAAACUAAAAUUCCUUACAUACAAGUUGAGAACAUUUUUGAUCCGUAAUGGGCUGUCAAUUCUUUUCAAGGAUGGACCAGCUGCUUACAGGACUUACUACCUAAGACAAAUGAAAAUAUGGGGAACUUCAGCAGAAAAGCAGAGGGAACUUAGCAAGAUGCUUGAUGAAUGGGCUUCCCAUAUCCGUCGGAAAUGUGGAAGAAAACAGCUAUCCUCAUCAAUAUACCUUAGUGAAGCCGAGCCUUUCCUCGAACAAUAUGCAAAACGGAGUACUAUAAACCAGGCACUUAUAGGAUCUGCUGGGAAUUUAGUAAGGGCUGAAGAUUUCUUGGCUAUCAUAGAAGGUGGUAGGGAUGAAGAAGGUGAUCUUGAGAGAGAAAGAGAGGUGGAGCCUCCAACCCCGAGCUCGCCAGUCAAGGAAGCUGUCCAUAAGGAUGACGGUUUAAUUAUCUUCUUUCCUGGAAUACCUGGUUGUGCUAAAUCUGCACUUUGCAAGGAAAUACUGAGUUCUCCUGGAGGGCUUGGUGAUGAUCGUCCAAUUCACAGUUUGAUGGGUGACCUUAUCAAAGGGAGGUACUGGCAGAAGGUUGCUGAAGAUCGCAGAAAAAAACCGUACUCUAUAAUGCUUGCAGACAAGAAUGCACCAAAUGAGGAAGUCUGGAGACAGAUUGAAAACAUGUGCAGGACUACCCGAGCUUCUGCAGUUCCCGUAGUACCUGAUUCUGAAGGAACAAUUUCCAAUCCAUUUUCGCUUGAUGCAUUAGCUAUUUUCAUCUUCCGUGUGCUUCAAAGGGUUAAUCACCCGGGUAACUUGGACAAAUCCGCUCCAAAUGCUGGUUAUGUGCUACUAAUGUUUUAUCACCUUUACGAGGGGAAGAGUCGGAGUGACUUUGAGGCUGAGCUGGUUGAACGUUUUGGAUCCCUUGUCAAGAUGCCAUUGCUUAAAUCAGAUAGGAGUCCUCUGCCAGACCCUGUGAGAUUAGUUUUGGAGGAGGGGAUAAGCUUAUACAAUCUUCACACAACUAGACAUGGAAGGUUGGAGUCUACGAAGGGUUCAUACUCGAAAGAGUGGGCCAAAUGGGAGAAGCAAUUACGGGAGACUUUAUCUUUGAAUUCAGACUACCUAACUUCUGUUCAGGUUCCAUUCGAGGUUGCUGUCAAGCAAGUGUUGGAGCAGCUGCAGAGUAUUACCAAGGGAGAGUACAAAACUCCCAGUACAGAGAAGAGAACGUUUGGGACGAUUGUUUUCGCUGCUGUCACUUUACCGGUUUUAGAAAUCUCCAGUUUCCUUAACGAUCUAGCUCAGAAGAACCCCGAGGCUGAACAGUUUCUCAAGGACAAAGACUUGGCACAGAACCUCAAGAAGGCUCAUGUGACUCUAGCUCAUAAGAGAAGUCACGGGGUUACGGCUUUAGCUAAAUUCGGACCAUUUGUCCACCAAAGUGUCCCCGUGGAGUUCACAGCGCUUCUCUUCACGGACAAGAUGGCUGCCCUGGAAGCACAAUUGGGAUCAGUGGACGGUGAGAAAAUAGAAUCGAAGAACGAAUGGCCUCACGCCACUCUCUGGACAGCUCAGGGAGUUCCACCAAGGGAAGCAAACACACUUCGACAAUUGGCAUCUGAAGGGAAGGCAACACGAGUCGAAAUAAACCCCGCAGUAACAAUCUCCGGGACUGUCGACUUCUACUGA